UUCCGAGGAAGACGAAGUUCCCAAUGAUGAGGUGGAGUUGUUGAUCGUCCAAGCUUGGAGGGUGGACAUGGAGGGAAAACUGCUGGAUAUAGUCUUCGGGAAAGUGCGGGACGAACACCUCGAGUUGAUUAGAAGUGAAGUUCUGGUGUUCUUGGCCCAGCUCUUAGACGAUCUGCCUAUGGAGAUCCUUUCACGUUGUGACGAGCGAUCCGCACCAGCAACGUUCCCUCGUACGCUGACACCUCAUCUAUUGUGGCCCACGUGCAUGGAACUCGACGACGACAACAUCUAUCUCCCCUUGUCGGGCGACUAUUUGGUCAUCGAUGUGACCGAUAUCACUCCGUGGGAUCCGAUCAUCCGAAGAGUGGAGGUGGGGGCAAGAGAAGAGGUCGACGAAGAAGAGGAGGAGAAGAGGGAAAACACAAACGAAGAAGAAGACUCGGAGGCCGGAUCGGAUGACCCAGAUUAUCACGAAUCUGAGGAGACCAGGUCGGAAGAGAGUGGGUCGGACGAAUCAGGCAGUUCCGACUCACGGAGUGAGAAGGAAGACAAAGCAGCAGCCCAGAGGCGACGAGAGAGGGCAGAAGAGAAGCGUCCAGUGCAGGAUUCGGACGCACGACUGUUGGAAGACGAUCCGGCGCGCAACCCAGAGCCACCACAAGAGGAGUCCGGAGGAUAUGGCGUCGCCACUGCGGAGGGAUCUGGAAGCAGACGCCACAGAAGAAGUCCAACACCAGCUCAAUCCCCUCCACCCUAGAGGCCCACCGUUCGCCUACGUGGAGAUGUGGGCACUCAGGCUUCGUCCCCGGUCAUUAUCCCACCGUC